AUGAAGGGCAAUGGCAGCGCGCUGCUCAACGCCUCGCAACAGGCGCCUGGCGGCGAGGAGGGCGCGCGGCCUCGGCCCUCGUGGCUGGCCUCCACGCUCGCCUUCAUCCUCAUCUUCACCAUCGUGGUGGACAUCCUGGGCAACCUGCUGGUCAUCCUGUCUGUGUAUCGCAACAAGAAACUCAGGAACGCAGGAAAUAUAUUUGUGGUAAGCCUGGCUGUUGCAGACCUGGUGGUGGCUGUUUACCCAUAUCCCUUGGUGCUGACAUCUAUAUUUAAUAAUGGAUGGAAUCUGGGAUACCUGCACUGUCAAGUUAGUGCUUUCCUGCUGGGGUUGAGUGUCAUUGGCUCAAUAUUCAACAUCACUGGGAUUGCCAUUAACCGCUAUUGCUACAUUUGCCACAGUCUCAAGUAUGACAAGCUGUACAGCAACAAGAAUUCUCUCUGCCAUGUGUUCCUGAUCUGGAUGUUGACAGUUGUAGCGAUCAUGCCCAAUCUGCGAACUGGAACUCUCCAGUAUGACCCCCGGAUCUACUCCUGUACCUUCAGUCAGUCUAUCAGUUCCACAUACACAGUAGCAGUGGUGGUCUUUCAUUUCAUAGUGCCUAUGAUUAUUGUCAUCUUCUGCUACCUAAGAAUAUGGAUCCUGGUUCUUCAGGUCAGAUGGAGGGUGAAACCUGAUAACAAACCCAAACUCAAGCCACAGGACUUCAGGAACUUUGUCACCAUGUUUGUGGUGUUUGUACUUUUUGCCAUUUGCUGGGCCCCUCUCAACUUCAUCGGUCUCAUUGUGGCCUCAGACCCCACCGGUAUGGCUCCCAGGAUCCCAGAGUGGCUGUUUGUGGCUAGCUACUAUAUGGCAUAUUUCAACAGCUGCCUCAAUGCAAUUAUAUAUGGACUACUGAACCAGAAUUUCAGGAAGGAAUACAGGCGAAUUAUAGUCUCAUUGUGCACAGCCAAGAUGUUCUUUGUGGACAGCUCAAAUGAUGUAGUACAUAGGAUUAAUUGUAAGCCCUCUCCACUAAUAAACAAUAAUAAUCCAAUAAAGGUGGACUCCGUUUAA